UGUAAACAUACAUAAAUGGAUUCUUCUUUCCUCUGAGUAUAAAAGGCUGCAACUUCGUCAUAAUCAGCAGUACCGAUUUGGAAUUAUCCAGAAAUACGACAUGACACGAUUUAAUUUGCUCUUUGCUCUUUUCCUCGCCGUCUUUUGCGUCGUUGAGAUAAACGCUCAACGUCGUUGUCCUCCUAACGAGGAGUGGCGAAGUUGUGGCACCGCCUGUCCACCAACUUGUAGGAAUCCUUAUGCCAGGGCGUGUACCAUGCAAUGUGUCGCGGGCUGUUUCUGCAAACCUGGUUGGUUGAGGUCCAGACAAGGAAAUUGCGUCAAAAAAUGCCGGACAAGAGACUGAGGAAUUAAAACCAUUGAUUCAAUUAUUAAUUCAUC